AUGCAGACUAUCGCCCGUCGAGCGGUAUCGUCCCUAGUUGCCUUAUCCGGACGAGCACUACUGCAUAAUCGUCUUCGACCAAGCUCUUCCGUUCCUACGAUAAGACCCUUCCACCUCUCCCGGAAUGCGUUCAAUAGCUCAAAGACUCCCCCGAUUUCCGCCAGAGAAUCGCGGACCGGGGAAAUACAGGCGAGCGCCCCAGCUUCCCAAGACCCAACACAGAGAACAAGCGAGAGCAUUCAAGUCACACCGGAAGGGGAGUCUGUCUACGCUACGGAGCCGGUGGUGGAGAGGGUUGUCGCAACCGAUACGGGAGGGGAUGGGGGCAAUGGAGAUUCUAACGGCCGGCCUCGAGCACGAGGGAGGCCAGCAGGUACGAAGCGACGAAUAGCGAUGAAACCAAGGGAUGACGCGGUUUUACCGUUGAAAGUUCCUGGAUGGUUUGUGGAUCAGCGGGUGAGAUUGCUGGAGGAUGAGGCUGCCCUCGGUCCCAAAGCUUUCAUCACUUCCAGCCCAUCGGAACACGUUCCUUCGGCGCUACCGGGAGCAUCGCUAGAUUGUCCACUACCGGAUACUCCUCCUGAACAUCUAAACAAACAGAUACCGACACGGUACCUGCUGGAGGAGAAUGUAUGGAGGGAAAUUGUAGCGACUCUGCGAGCCGGAUUAGCGUCACCAAAGCGUUUGUCAUCUCACAGCCUCGCUACGAUGAAAUCGCAUUGCAUACUUCACAGUCCUGUUGGCGGGAGUGUCUACCAAUUGGAUGCGAUAGUCAACAAAGUGGCUCAGGACGUGGGGGCUGAUGUGAUCAGGAUUGACCCACUAGAUCUUGAGGAAUUGCUUGGGGAAUCCGUUGGGGACUCACGGUUGGGUUGGUAUAUUCUCCCUUUUGAUUUUUCAGGAAAGUCUAAGAGCUUUCUAGGGACCUCUUCUCCGAUUUCAUCGUUUUCCAUCCGCUCUUUGGGGUACGACAUUUUUGCCCCAAAAGAGAAUAAAGAGGCCGAAGAGUCGGAGGGGGAGGAGGAGGAGGAGGAAUAUGAGGAGGAAGCUGAACCGCAAGAAACAUUCGUUCCUCCUCAGCGGGUAUCAGCGAACUGGUCCCAAUGGGGUCAGUUAUUAGGAUCCGGACAAAUUCCAAUGCUCGCAUCUCCUCUUUUCGCUGUUACGGCUCCCCCGGAUCCGGAACAAGCUUCCGAGCGAUCCAUUGAGAGGGCGAAUGAGCAAAAAAUAUGGAGCAUUCUUGAAUCCGUGAUUUCUGCAAACCAGAUCAAGCGAACGAAAGGCCAACCAACUAGUGAUACCGAGCCCCCAGAGGCGCCACCUGAUCGGAAAACCAUCAUCCAUGUACGGGACUUUCGCGAGCUCGAGCGAAGCAGCUCUGGCCAGGCGAUACUCCGAAUAUUCUAUGAGGUGAUACUGAAACGACGAAGCAAUGGGGAAAACAUAGUAGUCAUCGGCACGUCGUCAGCGGAGGAGGGGGUUGAAAACUACCUCACAAGGUCGGGUCUGUUAACAGCGCAACUACAAUCCGGUAGCUCCUUCGAGAGAACUAUUAUCGUGCCCGCCCAUCCCCUAAAUCCAGACUAUCGCGACGACAGGACAGCCCGUUGCCGGGAAAUUAACUUGCGACAUCUAGGUGAUUUACUGCGCAGGAAGAGCGGGGAAAACGGACAGUCGGUAACAAUGGAGCCUGUGUUGGUCGGCUUGGAGGCAGAGAAGGAGCUUGGCAGCGCUGUUCCAAGUGCUGGGCCCAACAUAUGGAAUUUUGAGCACGUCCAUCGGCUUUGCACGUUCAUACUUGGUGAAUUGAACGGGAGGACAUUGGUUUCCCAGCACGAUAUUGAGCAGGCUAUCGAGAUUCUGGACCGCAGCGAUACUGCAAAGAUUGAAUGGGCCGUGGCUGCUGACCGGGCGGAACAGGAGUUGGCGGAGAUGAUGAACCAGAUUGAACAGGACGAAGCGGAGAGGGCUGCAGUGCUAGAAGGAAAGCCGUUGAGGAAGAAGCCCAAGAUACCUAAGAAUUGCACUCCGCACGAGAAGAAGUUACUGGGGGGUGUUAUCGACCCGACCGAGAUUCACACGGGAUUCUCAUCCGUCCGAGCUCCGGAAGAAACUGUCGAGGCACUAAAGACGUUAACUUCGCUGUCCUUGAUAAGACCCGAGGCCUUCAAAUAUGGUGUACUGGCUACCGACCGGAUACCAGGUGUGCUGUUAUAUGGGCCACCCGGCACUGGAAAGACUUUACUCGCAAGGGCUGUAGCAAAGGAGAGCGGAGCCACAGUACGUUCCCCCAUCUCUCCCAGAUUGCCAUGAAAUUACUACUGAUAUCAGACUCUUGAACAAUACAGGUACUAGAAGUCUCCGGCUCUGAAGUUUUCGACAUGUACGUCGGCGAGGGCGAGAAAAAUGUCAAAGCCAUCUUCUCCCUAGCAAAGAAGCUCUCGCCCUGCGUCGUAUUCAUCGACGAAGCCGACGCAAUCUUCGGCAGCCGCCACAGCCACUCAACCCGCACUACGCACCGAGAAAUCAUAAACCAGUUUUUGAAAGAAUGGGCGGAUAUGCAAUCCACCGCCUUCAUAAUGGUCGCCACGAACCGUCCGUUCGACCUCGACGAUGCAGUCCUCCGCCGUCUCCCGCGGAGGCUGUUGGUAGACUUACCCACCGUAGACGACCGCCGGGAGAUUCUCAAGAUACACCUAGCAGCCGAAACACUCGCGCCAUCGGUAUCGCUCCAAUCACUCGCUGAGCAAACAACCCUCUUCUCCGGCUCGGAUCUGAAGAACCUCUGCGUCUCCGCCGCGCUGGCCUGCGUUCGCGAGGAGAACGCAGCAGCUACAGAAGCAAGAGCUGGGGAAGGGUCGUUUACCUUCCCCGAGAAGCGCACUCUGGAAGAGAGGCAUUUUCAAAAGGCGUUGCAAGAGAUCACAGCGAGUAUCAGCGACGACAUGUCCUCGCUCACGGCGAUCCGCAAGUUCGAUGAGAAGUAUGGUGAGAACUCGGGCAAGAGGAAGAAGAGGCCGCAUUGGGGAUUCGGAAUCGGAGAUCCAGCAGAGUCGAAGGGGACCGGAAGGGUUAGAGCGGAUUGAAUUGGAUUGAAUCCGCGUCGGAUUGGAGCGGUAGAAGUUGGUUUAGAAUAAAUCCCCCCCCUUCAUCCCUUUCAUCACUCUUGGUCUUGGGUUCUCCUUUCUUUCUCUUUCUUUCUCUCUUUCUUUUCUUCAUUUUUUUCACUUUUCUUCUGCGUAUAGGGGAUAUGACAUUUAUUUGUGGAUAUCACGUGUAGUAUUUUUAUUGUUGCUAUUAUUCUCUGUUCGCUUUCUCCUGUUUUCAUGAAAAAAGUUGCUCGUGGGUUAAACUUUAUACAGGACAGGGUCGGUCGGUGGCAUUUUGUUAAAACAGUUUCCUUGAGGGUUGGCUUUUCUUUUUUGUUUUCCGCGUGUGGGGACUCGGAUGGCUAUCGAGUUAUAUCACGAUAGAAUAAGCUCCAUCAGAGGGUUGGGAGCGAUCAUGAUGCACCCGUACGGUAUGCACGCAUGUAUGAUAUGAUAUGUAUGUAUGUACGAGUACUGUAUGUUGUUCUAAUUUCAAUUCUACCAUGAGUACAAGUACAGUACUGUAGUAGGCGAAAGGUACGAUAGUCUACCAAUCGGCUGUCGGAAGUAGACUAUGAUAUGGCAUCUGGAGAGAAAGC